AUGUAUAACAAUUAGACAGUUCAGUUAGUAGGUCGAUUGAGUCCUAAAACAAAGAUAAAUUUGGAAUAAUAAAACUAACAUAAGCUUUCAAAUAAAAUGCUAGUUAAACACAUUAAUCCUGAUAUAGAACUUUUACCAAUGCUUGAUGACAUUAUACCAUGUAGUAUUAUUAUGAGUAUCAGUUAGUGAAAUUUUGAAUUAGAGAAAAAUGCUCUAAUCUGUAUAACCUAUACAAUAUUAUGAAGUACAAAGGCCUUCAAGAACUAUAUUUACAACAUAACCUAGAUCUCAUACAAAUAAGUCAUCAAGAUCUAUAAAGUCUAAUUCAACUCAUCGUGAUCAAAAAUCUAGAAUUUCUAAUCAAAAAUAUGAAUUGAUGAGUUGUUGUUCAUGUUCUUGUUGUGGAUGUAGUAGAAAAAGUUCAACAAGAUUUAAGAAAACUCCUACUCCCACUCCUAAAGUUAAAAGAUUUUAUUAAAAAAAUCCAUCAAAUAAUAGAUCUAAUAAAUCAAUAAGUAUUAUACUUAUACUAUAGUUUAGAAUAAUCUUCUAUUGCUAGUUCAGAAUCUAAAAAAAUAAUUGCAAAAUAAUAAAUUUUGAAUUCUUCCUUAUAAACUAAAUAGAAAUGUUAAUAUCAUCAUUAUGAACAUAGAUAAUCACAUUAAACUACUCAUUAAUCAAAUAAAAAAUUAAGACCUUCAAGUUCUGCCAUUAUAAAUCCUGAAACAGCUAGAAAAUAAAAACUCAAAGAAUAUUAAGCAAAAUAAAAAUAAUUACAAAAUUAAUAUAGUGCCAAAUAACUUAAACCAUAACCAAGAGAAUAUAGCUUAUAAAAAGUUGCUUGGAGAGCAGAUAUAUCUAAAGUAUAUAUACAUAUUUAAUCAUUAAGAUUGAAGAAGGUAAAUCAAGAAAAAGUAGAAUUGAAAAAAUUGUUUAAAUCUAAAAAGAUAUUUUAAAUAAAUCUUUAUCAAGACAUAGAAGUAUUUCCAAAUAAGAAUCUAAAAAAAUUUUACCUCCUCCAGAUCUUCAAAAAAUAAAACUUUUAGAUCAAAGAAAAAAAUUAAUGGAAAAAAAAGAUUCAAAAAUUAUUCAUGAUUAAAAAGAAACAUAAAGAUUAAAAUAAGUUCUUAAUUAAUUAAAAAAAUAAAAAUAAGAUGAAAAAGACUUAAAAACUAAAAAAAAUGCAUAAUUGUCUUAAUUAGAAAAAUAUUAAAAAGAAAAUAGAUUAUAGUGCAAAAAGAAAAAAUUUGAGCCUACAGAAUAAUAAAUUGAAUAAGCUUUUUAAAUUAUAUCAAAUGAUAAGAUAGAUAAUCAAUAAUAACUAUCAUGA